AGCCUGGCAUUGGCCCAUAGGCCAAUCAUAAUUGAUCUCAGCCGUUGGAUUGAAAAGAUGAAAACCCUAACUUCAAUCCAAUGCUGGAGGAAGCAAGGAAGGAAGGCACGGAAAAGGGGAACCCUAACCUGAAUCCUCCAAAUUAUUUUUUCUGAGUAAGGUGUAAGGUGAAGGAAGGAAGAGGAACGCAAAGGGCACAGAGGAUGAGAGAUUCUGAGUCUGCGACGGCGAUGGAAGAAACUGCAACUAAUGUUGGUGCAAAAGAAGAAGAAGAAGAUCCAUUGGGCAUAUGCUUUUGGGUAGUUAGGGAGGAGGCUGAGAGCACAAGAUGCUGGCGACCAGCAACAAAUAUCUGUAACAGUAUUCCCGAUGAUUUUAAAGGGCAUGUUAUAGAAGCAUUUCAAAUUAAGGAGACAAAAAGUGGGGAUUGCGUGCUUCAGGCUCGUCUUAUUAACCACACAAUGGAUGUACAGUUACUAGUUGAAUACAAUUUCAAUACCAAUAUAUGGAGAACUUGUUCAGAAACCAACAACUUUGGUACCUCUUAUGGGGCCCGUAAUGUCAUUUUUGUUGAUGACAUCUUGUAUUCCUAUGUCAAAAACGCAGCAACCUAUCUACAGCAUCAAGGCUACUGCGAAGAUUACAAUAUCACCCGGUGUUCCAUUCUCUGUUUUGAUUCCAAUAAACCUCAAGCCAAACCUAAAGAAGUCAUCUUCUCUGAGAAGGAUUUGAAUCUGCUUCCCCAACCUUAUGACGAGGAAUGGAAUUUGUUUCCACCUGUCAAUUUUCUCCAUCUAUCCGGCGCAAACUUCGGUCUCAUAUGGUGUCAUCAACAAGAAUGGGUAGGACCCAAUGGAGAUGACCAUCAGCUCGGGGUUACCUGCUUAAAGUUUACCGUGUCUAAGAAGCCUCUGCCUUUGACUUCAUUGUCGUCUUCCUUCGAAGAACAGCAGGUUGAUUUUGUUGCCUCUAAUGUGUCUCAGUCAGUUCACUUGGUCAAUGGAAUGCGAGUUCUCGGCGCCAUUGCAAUAUCAACAUCAAAGGAGAGCACGUGACGGCACUGGUGGCAUGAAGAGAAAAUUUGAACCAUAGCUAUGUAGAUGGUUUAGGUCAAAUUUCAUCCCUUUGUUUGAGUUUUUCAAGAAAUAUUUUGAUUUUUUUUUUUUUUUUGUUAGUGGUCGAAUUGUAGAUGGCUUUUUGUAGUUAUAUUAUUUAUUUAAUUUAUUAUACCUUUUUUUGUGGUCAUUCUAAAUGGUGUUGUUUUAAGAAUUCUUGUACUAUUAUAAUUAGGUGUACUCCAUACUUAGCAUACAAUAACAAAAUUCUAAUUUUUUAUACAAUUUGUAAUUCCAAAAUACAUUUAUAUUGUAUUUGGGAGUAGGAAUCAAUAGCUUGGGAGUAGCUAAUUACAUUCAUGAUUCCAAACACAACAUAACAUGAUUCACAAUUUAGGUUCGGCUUUGUCAAUUUAUCGA